GGAUUGAUGGAUUUGAUGGGUGUAGUUGGUGAUAGGACUGGUAAAGAAAUGGAAGGAUCAGUGAUAGGGCAGGUUUUACAGCGGGGGCGUUUGCAGGGUAGGGUACCAGGUGGAGUUGGGAUUUCAUCAGAGGUGAGUGAUUGGUUUUUAUUAAAAAUUCUUUUGAGGUUGGGAGGCUGCUUGUAAAUGAGGGUUGGUGGUUGCUGGAAAAGGUGUUUGGUAGAGGGUUUGGAUUGGGUAAGGAAAACGUUACCCAAACGUUUGCCCCAACAACCUACAUCACCUUCAAUCCAUCAAGAAAACGUUGAAAAUCCCACUGUCCUCAACCUAUCCUCGAGAAACCUUUCACCUACAGAUGAAUUAGUCCUCAACAAGGGUCUCUCUUUUGCCACAACUCCCAAACUCAAUGCCAUCAACCUUCUCUCUGAUACUGUUCACUUCACUAGAUAUUUCAGAUGGCAAGUAUACUUCAGUGGCAACAACACCUCUGACCCUUCUUGCCCUCCCCCCUCGACUACUUCUGACCAAAUCAUCAAAAAGUUUGCCCUAAAAUCCAAUCGUGAACCCAAGUCUCUCCCAGCCAACCACCCUGUUGAAAUCUUCUGCAAUUCACUCCUCAACAAAGUCAGCUCUAGAAAAUUCAUUGAAUCCCUCACUCCAACCCCCAACCUCACACCUCAAAAGUUCAAAUCCAUCAAAGACCUUUGCUCUGACCGUAGUAUUUUCAUCACGAAAGCUGACAAAAGCUCAACCAUAGUCUUACUGAACACCACUGAUUACAUCAAAGAAGCCAACUAGCAACCCACCAAUCCCGAACAGUAUCAGUUCCUGCCUUCUGACCCUACUCCACGAGUCUAAAAGAAAGUCUUUAAAUUUCUGAUGCAAUAUGGUCCAUCUGAAGGCCUCUCGGACUCAGACAUCAACAUCCUUUCACCAGACACUCCCAACACACCACACUUCUAUCUUCUUCCAAAAAUCCAUAAAGAAGGCAAUCCUGGUCGUCCCAUUGUUUCAAGCAUAAAUAGCCCA